GAAAAAUCAGUAAUAAUUGCUUGAAUGGUUAUUAAAAAAACUGAUAAUUAAUCCAUUAUUCCUAAAAAUAAAAUGACGUAUGUAAAUAGAUUGUUACUUAAAAAAACGAUUUUUAAUAAUCGAUUAUAUUUUCAAUCCCUACACAGAGAACUUAUUGAUUAACAAUGACGUUCUGACUGACAUUUCCUUCUCGAAAAAAAAAGAAAUUCGGCGUGCGUGAUAUUAGAUUGAAGUAGGUAGCGUCGCGUCUUAUCGCAUUCUUUAUAAAUAAAAACUUCCUAAAAUUCUUCAUUAGCAAUGGUUUAUAGUAGACAAUACAACACUCGGAACUCCACCGGCCGCUAUAAUAACUCUGGACAAUUCGUAGCUGCAGGAGCGCCGCAGCAGCAGCAACAGCCGCAGUACCAGCAGCCUGCGUAUAACACGCAGCAGUUCCAGCCGCCGCCGCCGCCGCCGCAGCCGCAGCCGCCGCAGCAGUACCAGCGAAACGUGCAUACCAUCAACACCCAGCAGCAACAGUUCCCUAAGCAACUAAAGGAGGAUAUGGAGAUGAAUGCUGAGCCUGUCGCAGAGGCGGGCGGCGCCGGCGGCGAAGAGUCGGGCCCCCCGCGCCCGCACUGGAUGAAGUCCAAACUGCCUGGCUUGAAGAAGAUCAGCAACCGCGAGAAGCGGCGCCGCCAGAAUAACCACCUGCGGCGACUCAUCACGCCCAAGAACGCGCUCAUGGUGCUCAACGAAAUGUUGCCCCCGGAACAGCUCGCAUCUACUCUGCAGCAGUUCACGGUGGAGCCAGCUGAUGGUGUGAACCAGUACUACAAAAGCCAAAAAUCCAGCUUCUGCGCUGAUCUCACACUGGAUGGGGUCAACUACAAGGGAUAUGGCGAGAACAAGAUAAUGGCGCGUAACGCGGCCGCAGAGCAGGCCAUCCGCGACAUCAUCAUCAAGCGGAUGCAGAAGUCAAUCACCCACGAUGCCUCCAGCAACGCAGACGAGGGUUCCUCCCAGGCUGGGGCCGGGGCCGAGGGGGAGGCGGAGGGUGAGAAAGAGAAGGAGGAAGACCCGCUUCCGAUGAUCCAGCUGGCCUCAUACGCGCUGCACAAACUGUUCUCCGAGUGGGAGUACGAGGGGCACAAGGUGCCUCAGCUGCGCCCGCCCAACACCUCGACAUCGGAGAUGGAGGUAGAAGAGGGCGGUGAGGAAUCCGGCUCCGUGGCGGGCAGCAGUAAGUCCAGCAAGCCCAAGGUGAAGAAGGGGCCCAAGCUGCUGCCCCUCAACGCCGGCGCCAUGCAUCCCUGCAUGCUGCUCACAUACAUGAGGCAGGGGCUCGAGUACAGGGAGGUGUCUGUGGACGGGCCCAGCUCUAACAGUAUGCACCCCAUCUUCACCAUGAGUGUCGACGUGGAUGGCGUCACAUACAUCGGCAAAGCGUCGAGCAAGAAGGAAGCUCGCAAAUCGGCGGCGCGGUCGGCGUGUUCCGCCAUAUUUGGCGUGAAAUUCGACGAAGUGGCCACCGCCAACGUGCCCAUCGCACCCAGCGCGCCCAACGCCAACACCAACACCAACGCCAACACUGGCGCCAACACCGCCUAGAUCUACGCGUAAACACUGUACAAUACAUGAACCUACGAAGUACACACGCAUCGACUACGCAUGUACCAUACACGUAGAGAAUGGAUUGAGCGACACUAAAAAAAAUUACAUUAGGUAGUUUGACAGUAUGAAAAAUAAAGUACCAAUUGUUGGAAGCUGUAUUGAAUAUGAAUAAGCUGUAUUGCGAUUUUACUAUUCUGAGAGAACAGCUGAUCAGUAACUUUCCUAAAAAAGUAAUCAAAUAGAUGCUUUGGCACAGUUUUAUCCCCGGUUACAGAAGGCGAUUUCUUAAAAACUGAAUGCAAUUCGAGUUAUUAUUAAAAAUAAAAUUGUCUUCUUUCAUUCUUCUUUCAGUAAAAUAUCCUAUCUUCAAUAUUUAAUAUACUUUCCCUCCGUCUGAUAAACCCGUGGGACGCCCUGUAUAUAAUUAUAUACUAAAGUGCUAGCUGUUUAUUAAACCACUAACGGCUUGCCCCCAUGGAGCCUGUAAUUUAAAGAAUCCGAAACGUCAGAAGUUUACAAAUCAACUAUUUAUUAUUCCUGAUGACGUUACGAAUUCACUUUAUACCUGUUCAAAAUGGUUUUUCAUAAAGAUCUUACCUUUAUGGCGAAUACAGUUAGAAAACGCAAUCCUUUCUCUGCGUCUGUAGCAUAUAUACUGAUAUCGACACACAAUAUACCCGUCUGACAAAUAGGUAUUUUCCACCUUAGCAGAUUAAAUUGAGAACUGAAACAUUCUACAUAAAAAAUAAAUUAGAUUAAAAUAGUUUAAUUAAAAAGAAAUUUAUUUAGCUACAUAGAGACACAGUGAAUAGAGUUGAUGUAUUUUUGUUUUUGCAUUUAAAUAAGGUUUAAAAUAUAUAUGUGUUUCCGAGUAAAUUAAAGCUUGUCAACUAAUUUUUUAUAUUUGUUUAAAUACAUAUACAGGCUGUUACAGAAUUCCGAAAUAAAAUUUGUAGGUAUGUAUUCCGAAAUUAAAAAAUUGUAGGUAUCUGAGCGGGGCGCAGGGGCGCCUGGGGGAGAGAGGGGGUGUGUUUAGGUAGUCGUAAUCGUACGCAUCCUAUAAGGGUUGUCAUAGGCAGGUGUAAAACGAUAUUUUUAUUAAUUUUAUUAGAAAAUAAAAGUGGUCUGAAAGGCGUCAAACUUUCGUAGGUAAUUCUAUACGAGGAACACAACCAAACCCUAAAGUUUUAUUUCGGACUUUUGUCACACCCUGUAUAUAUAUUUAAAACUCAUUACUUCUCAUAAAAUAACCAAUUAAUAU